AUGCACAUGGCUGCAGCUUAUGGCACGCUGCUGGCAUGGCUGGUGUUAAUCGGCAGCUUGGGGACCUUGUGGGCCCAGGAUGGCGUGAUACAGACGGUGCUGUUGAUUAAUUCUACAGACUAUGAUAUCUACAGCAGUUUCUUGGGGGGAUUACCCUUGGACAGGGGUUACCAGUUGUUCAUGGAGAGGUUUGAAGAGCUGCACCCCGAUGGAAUACCGAUUGGGAAUGGACCCCAUCGGUUUGUCUUCAACUACUCGACUGUGAUGUAUGAUGGUCCAGGUGCUGAGGCGCCAAGCUUGCGGCAAGUAGCGAGGGAGCAGGUGGCGCAGGGCGCCCAUUUUCUUUUUGGUUUGGGCGAUCCCAGCCUGGGUCUGGUUGCAGGAGAAUUUAAUCGGAUAACCCUGGACUGCUGUUUUAGUGACGAUGAGGAAGGUCGACGCGACUGGUACUUUCAAAUGUACCCCCCUUUUGAGAACGACCUUGAGAACCUCAUGAACGCGAUCGCUCUGAAGGUGAGGAACACUAGACGGUGCAUGAAAGUGCCUAUCACGAUUGUUCCAUGCCGAGAAAGCCAGCUUUGUACAGAGUUUGCCGCUUCUUUUGAGGAUGCAUUCAUGUUCACAUGCUGA